AUGGAUGAGAAACAGGUUACCAGUAACAACCGUAAUAGGAAUAAUUGUGCCGAUUUCUUUCCUUUUCUUUCAGCCACAAAGACAGAUCUCUGUUUGCUGCUCGAGUGUCUCAAGUUUCAAAUGAAAAGUCCUGAUUUACAGAAACAAGCUCUCCUCACUAUUAACUCAAUAUGUGAAAAGAGAGAAGAUAAUGUGGAUCUACUGAGAGAAAUGGGCGGUGUGGCAUUUAUUUAUAACCUCUCCAAAUCCAGUAUUGUCCAGUCAGCUGUUAAGGAGACUGCUCUUUUUACACUUGGCAUACUGGCAGAAGCUAAUGUGUAUUGCAAGAAUUCUCUUUGCAGAAAGGAGAUAUUUACCAACAUUACUGUCUGGUUGAUGAAUGAAGGCACCCCGCUGACACAGAGGAGAGUGAUUGUCUAUUUGCUGUUUGUGCUGGUAGCCAACAACAAAUUAGGACAGACUUUGGCUCAAACCAGUGGCUGUCUGGAUAUUUUACUGGAUCUCUUCAGGACCACUUUUCCCCUCUCCAAAGGAGAUGAUUUGAGAACUGUUUCUCAAACCUACCACUUCUGGGCAUCAGUAUCUAGUACUCUCUGUGGAUGUGUCAACAAUCCUCAGAAUGAGGAAGGCCAGCGUAUCUGUGUGGUAGUCUUUCCCAUAAUAGACUCAUGGCUUCAGCAGAUUUCUCUGCCCUGCAUUGAGAUUUUUCAGCCCAUAUGCUCUUUCAUCGCAAUGACAGUUGCCAAUAACUUGUGUGUCCAGGAGAGUUUUUCUGCCUCUGGAGGCUUGAAAACUCUCACCCUUGCUCUGGUUCGCCUUGCCUCUUCUGCAGAUACAAGCUUCCUGUCAUGCCAGCUCUCUGUUAUUAUAUCCAAGACCCUGUCAGCAUGCAUCACUGAUAACUCUGUUCUGGCUUCGAGCUUGGCUCAGUAUGUGGUAGUCCCCAAACUUUUCUCUCUGCUGGCGAGCUCACACUUGGCCCCUGAUGACAGGCUCUCCAUAUUACUUAACAUUGGGCAGUGCACUGUGGCCUCUGUGGACCACCAGUCCCAGUUAGUGCAGUGUGGAGGGUUGCCACUCAUCAUAACUUUACUCAUAGAGGACACAAAUGAGGAGAUAAGAAAGGCAGCAACUUUCAUAUUGCAGACUUCCAAACAGGCCACCAUGUGCUUCAGAGGGAACAAUCUGAUAGCAAAAGAGGCUGAAAAUGAGGACCGUCUUGUAAACAUUGAAGACUACAAGAGUUCAGCCCAAGACAUGCUCCGUAGGAUUAAUCUCAUAGAGAAAAGCCUUCUGGAGGUACAAGUUGAGGAUGACCUGGAAGACAUUAUCCCACCAAAUUCAACUGGGGGUCAAGGGCACCCGUCUCAGUCCCAAGGUUUAUCUCCAUCAUGGCAGAGGAGGAAAAGCAUGAAACCUAUCCACACUCUGAAGCAUGUACCACAAGGCAGUGACAGUAGCUCAGAAGAUCAAAGAGUCAUGGAAAUGUAUGAGAAAGAGAAUAACAGUGACAAGAGGAAAAUAACCAGCAGUUCAACAUGCAAAGGAGGAGCAAAUCUGAUGUCUUCUGCUGUACGGUCACUAGAGAGAGCAAAUGAGCUACAGACAGCAAAGAAUGAAUUGUUUAAGAAGAAACAAAAAACGAUUGUUGAGUUACAGAAGAGUGAGAUCAGAAGAGCGGGGGAAAUUCCUGCAAAGGAACACUCAGUCUCUCAUAUCCGCUGUGCAGGUUGUGUGUUACCUUUUGAAGAAGUGACCAGUCGCACCUUUGCAUCUCUGAAAAGCCUUUCCCAUAACAGCUGUGACAUGCACACAGUUCUCCAAGAAGCUACGGAGCAGUUCAGGGUGCGCUGCCUCAACAGUGUACUAAUGAAGAAGCACCAGGAUGUCACUGAGGAGAGCAAAUGUGCAGAGACGAGGAGAGUGUCAUCAACAGAGCAAAGAACCAGUGAAUACUGGAAUUGCAUCAGUUUGACCCCGAUACACAGAAGAUCUACAAAGAAGACUUUCACCCUUCAGAGCAGGACUGGCAUCAGUUUGAUCCCGAUACACAGAAGACCUACAAAGGAGACUUUCACCCUUCAGAGCUUGGCUCCCCUAAAAAGGCACCAUCUUCCUGAAGAUAGGCAUCCAACAUCAGAUUUGGCAGAGAGAAGAGGAAGGAGCAACAGUGGACACGAUGCUGUUGAGGAUCAUUCAAAGAUGAGCUCAGACCGCAGCUCCACUAGGAAAAAGAGGCAGGAGUUUAGCCGUGAAGAGGUGGGUUACCUGCUCUCUGGAGUGAAGAAAUAUGGCUUCUCCUGGAACUCCAUCUUGUGGUCAUAUCCUUUCCAACCUGGACGCACCAAUGUUGACCUGGCCAAGAAAUACAGGCGACUAAUGAAAUGUAAAAGCGGAAAGGAUGGCUGCAAAUAAUCCCAGUCCAGAGACUUCGGUUCAGUCAGUUGCUUGGAUUAACCUACACAGUUCUCAUUCUGUUCUGUUCUGAAUCAUAAUAAGGCAGUACGUAAUCCAUAUGGUUUUUAGAAAUUUGUGUGU